AUGUUCUAUUCCGAGACUCUUCUGUCGAAAACCGGGCCUUUGGCUCGCGUUUGGUUGUCGGCGAAUAUCGAACGCAAACUCUCCAAGUCGCACAUCCUGCAGUCCGAUAUCGAGAGCAGUGUCAAUGCCAUUGUUGAUCAGGGCCAGGCCCCUAUGGCCUUGCGAUUGAGUGGACAGUUGCUCUUAGGUGUUGUUCGAAUUUACAGCCGCAAGGCUCGCUACCUCCUCGAUGAUUGCAACGAAGCCUUGAUGAAAAUUAAGAUGGCCUUCCGUCUUACAAACAACAAUGACCUGGCCUCUACUGUUGUCGCGCCGGGUGGCAUUACCCUUCCCGAUGUCCUUACUGAAUCAGAUCUCUUCACCAAUCUCGAUACGUCUCUGCUAUUCCCGCAAACCCUCGACUUGGAGCCUGCUUCCAAGCGCCCUGGCACCUUGGAUUUUGGAGGCGACAGUCUCCUUCCCGACAGUAGCUUCCGCCGUUCUGUUUCUCAGGAACCCGCACGCCUCGAGGACCCCUCUCUGGUUGAUCUCGACUUCGGCGAGGAUGAACUGCCUCUUGGAAAUGACCCUACUAUGGAAGUUGGUCGAGAUGCUCCCGCUCCCCGACCUGUCGAGGAGGACCUUUUCAGCGACGCCGGCAAGUUCAAUGAUGGCGCCGACUUGGAUCUUGACAUUGGAGAGGAUGAUGGCAUGGACAAGAUGGAUCUCGACGACGGUCACGAUAACCUGAAUGAUUUACUACCUGAUGGUGGAAUGGAUAUGACCGAUGAACACGACUUUGGUGAGGAGACUCCCCGUGCUACCGAAAAUCGAUUUGAGCGUGACUCGGAAAGCCCUCUUUCCGAUGCUGGCUCCGACCAGAUGAAUCAAUUAGAAGAAGAGUUCAACCGUGAAGACAAUGCCACUCCUGAGGUCGUUACCACCGAGCACGCCCAACGCGCCAAGCGCCAAAAGUUCCUGGAGCUGGACCAAUCGGUUGCUAUUUCUACCCGAGAUAUCAGAGACCAGCAGAAAGACCGUUCCGCCAUCAUGAAGCCUGCUUCUUUCUUGCCCCGUGACCCUGCCCUUCUCGCUCUUAUGACCCGCCAGCAAAACGGCAAUUUCGUGUCUAGUGUGUUUGGCGAGGACCACGGUCGCGGAUGGGCUCCUGAGCUGCGCGGAUUGCUGUCUUUGGACUCGGUCAAGAAGGCCGGCGAGCUGAAGCGCAAGCGUGACAGUGGCAUCUCCGACCUGGAGGUGGCUGGCGUCGAUGUUCCUGCUCUCGAGCUUGGGGAAGAUGACGCCAUUGUGCCUGUUGACGAGGGUAUUGUUAUGGACAAUACUCUCAACCUGAACCCCGAGAUUCAGUUCCCUGGCGAUGAUGACCAGCAGGAGCUCCACUUGAGCGACGAUGACCACAUGAACCAGCUUGAGGAGUUGGACGACACUAUCGCCCACCCGAUCCACACCGAACCGGUCUCCACGGGUACCAAGCACGCUGUCCACAUCCUCCGCGAGAAGCUUGGUGACGCUGAGUCCUCGCAGAAUCAGCGGGUGAUGUUCCAGGACCUUCUUCCUGAGCAGCGCUCCAGCAAGGCCGAUGCCACCAAGAUGUUUUUUGAGGUCUUGGUUCUGGCCACCAAGGAUGCUGUCAAGCUGGACCAGGGCUCCAAGUCCAUCGGUGGCCCUCUCGCAAUUCGCGGCAAGCAGAACCUCUGGGGCUCCUGGGCCGAAGAGAACGCCGCUGGUGCUAUGAGCCAGCUGAGCCAGGCUCUUUAA